GGCUAGACAGACAGGAGGAUAUGGCCACACUGACUGCAAUGUGUGACUUUUCCCAUAUAAGAAGACAAACAGGACUUUUUGCUUGUAUUAUCUCACCAGUAAUGCCACCACUUGGUUUUUGCUCUUUACGUGGUUUCCUCUGCGAGUGUUCAGCCCUUCCAAUGAACGGCUUGCAGGCUCCUCUGGAUGACGGCAGCUUCAAGGGCGUACAUCAUGGAAUAUGUGAGUGCUGUCUCAGCACUGGCUAACCAAUCCCAGGACAGCAACUCCUCAGGCUCAGAUUGGCCAGCGAGAUCUUCGGAGUACAGCGAUGCAGAGCUCGUGCUUCUGGGUGUUGCGAUGGCUAUUCUGGUUCUUGCCAUCGCAUUUGGUAACGUGCUGGUUAUUACAGCCAUCCUGCGGUUCCAGCGGCUUCAGAAAGUCACCAACUUCUUCGUUGCUUCGCUGGCUGUUGCCGACCUCAUCAUGGGUUUAGUUGUUGUCCCCUUUGGCUCCAGCUACAUCCUGCUGGGAACCUGGCAGUUUGGGCACUUCAUGUGUGAUUUCUGGACCGCGACUGACGUGCUGUGUGUGACGGCCAGCAUCGAAACCCUGUGUGUGAUCGCUCUGGACCGCUACCUCGCCAUCACCUCGCCGCUCCGCUACCCAACGCUUCUCACCAGGGGUCGGGCCUUUGCAGUGGUCCUUGGGGUUUGGGCAGUGGCCUCCCUCAUCUCAUUCCUGCCCAUCCAUCUGAAGCUGUGGGUGUCGCACGAUAAGGAAGCUCUCCGUUGCUUGGACGACAAGUACUGCUGUGAUUUCAACACCAAUGCAGCGUUUGCGGUGUCUUCCUCUAUUGUGUCCUUUUACCUGCCGCUGGUGGUGAUGAUUUUCCUGUACACUCGGGUCUUCCAGGAGGCUCAGAAGCAGCUGGAGAAGAUCAGAGGGAGGGAGAGGCACUUCUAUAACUUACAUUACUCUGUACAGCUGUCUUAUCCUGAUGACAGUCCAGCAAUAAAUAAACAAACGGGAACUGAGAUGAGAGAACAAGCAGGAGAGGGCAGACUAAACAUGCAGAAAACAGGAGGUUUAGACGGUAAGGAGGAACAGUUAGGAGAAAGCAGAGCAAGGACAGAAAAAGGGGAAGGAAAACACUCCGCCGCAAAGCGUCUUAAGUUCUGUUUGAAGGAGCACAAGGCUGUGAAAACUCUUGGGAUCAUCAUGGGAACCUUUACGUUGUGUUGGCUACCCUUCUUCAUCCUCAACAUCCUCAUGACCUUCCUCAACUUGGGUGAUAUUACGCUGCUCUUCAGACUCCUCAACUGGCUAGGAUACUCCAACUCGGCCUUCAACCCACUCAUCUACUGCCGCAGCCCCGACUUCAGACACGCCUUUCAGGAGAUACUCUGUUUGAGGGGCAAGCGAGGGAGCUGGGGAGGGAGGAGAGGAUGGGGAUGGUGCAGAGACAGAGAUUGUUACUCACAGCCCCCAGGUAGGACAAAUGUGGAUGGUGUCAGGGGGCUGGACGUUCGGCAAAGGACAGACUGGAAGGGCAGCUUGGACAGCUCUAUCCGGGACAGCUCACUAACUCUGGCUCCUCCGACUCCUCGCCUUGAGCAGGUUUUAGAAGUAGCUCCUGGUUCCCUGACGAACUGGCAGGCUAACAGUUCUGCUAAUGGGAGCAGUAAGGAAAAUCUGGCUUCUAUUGCGUGACCAUUUACAGCCUAUAUUAGACAUUACAUUGUGUGUGCAUAGUCGUGCUAAGAACACCAAUUGAGUGGAGCUCUAAGUGUUUGUUUUGGUUGAGUCUUUUUUUAGGGUGUAGCUAAUGUUAUAAUGUGUAUUUCAUUCAGUGUUACUGAGGGUUCACUUGUGGUCACUGUUCCUCUUUGCUGCUGCAGUUUUCCUCAAAACAUAGACACAAGUAAAGCAGUAUUUGUCAGCAUUCAAAGAGGUCUGACUUAACACUUGAAGGGAACUUCAAGGCAUCAUAACGCAGCUCAUUGAGGUACAAUAAGGCAGAAUUCUUAGUGAACACAAUUAUACAAAAUGUACUCAAAAGACCAAGAAUACUGCAUUAGCGAAGUGACACUAAACAUUACGAGCUUCACCAAAUUGGUAGCUACAACACAGCUAUUAUUAGAAGAUGUAUUUAUUAUGUACAGAAAGGUGAUGUUAUAACGGACUUCCUAUUAAUUACUUACUUCUGAAAUUCAGGACGAAUAGGAGUAAAAUAUUUAAGGACAAUUCUACUGUUACAAGUGAAAAGGUUUUAAUGACUGCUCGAUAAGGAGACUCCAAAAUGCUCUUUUAUUGAAAGUAGUCAAAUAGGAAAAACAAGACGUUGCUGCUGCUUAGAAAUGUAGAAAAUUGAGCCACUGGCAGGAAGGUUUGUUGCUUUGACUGCACACUGUCAGGCUGGGAAGAGGCAAAUCAUUCACCUUUACGUCUAACAACUACAGUUAAAGCGCCACGACGCAAACAUAUCGUAGCACCAACUUCUUACCAUCAACAGUAAAACAUUCAAACAACAUCUGUACGAAAGUGAAGUUUAAUAUAGCACCUUUCAUAAAAACAAGAUCGCAAAGUGCUUCAGAAGCAACAACAGACCUUAAAAAACGCACUAAAUGUGUGUGUCAUAGCUGUGAACGUGUAGCAUUUCUUACAGUUGGAAGUGUGACGGUUAAAACAGUUUCAACCGCCACAUUUGCAAUGCUGAUGAUCUCCAACACAGCAACAACACAUCCAGCCAAAACCAUAAAGUAGAGAUUAAAAAAUACAUUUUGUUUGCCCUGUAGCUAAAAAGUCUUAUAUGAAACAAAAGGUGUCAUUUGAGGCUGACUUAUAAUGGCCUCCAGAGAUUUUUGUUUUUCAUUCCUUCCUGGUAAACCUCACUGCAGGUCCAAAAUCAUUUACUGGUGUAUACUUGUGUGCUAGAUAAACAUCUGAGACCCAAACUUGUGACUCUACUCAUAACUAUAUCUCUUUUUACUUGCUUUGUAACAUCACAUAUUCACUGGAACUCUUUAUCUCUCCAAACAUCAGCACCCACUUUGCUUUUAUCUGUCUCUUUAAUAACAGUGUCUUCUGUCAGAAAGAGCCGGGGGGGGGAUUUGUUUUUAUAUCAUUAUUUUCCAAAUUCAAAGUAGCGAUAAUAAUAAUAAUAAUAAUAAUAAUAAUAAUAAUAAUAAUAAUACAUUGAAUUUAUAUAGCGCUUUUCAAGACCUCAAAGCCGCUUAAUGAUGUUAAAGUAGCACACAUACAUAUAGAUGACAUUGUACUCUAAAUGGACAAAUUACAUUUUGAAAAUAAUCUCCCCAACCCUGCAUCUAUGUAUAGAUAAUUAUUUAACUUGUAUGUGUCAAAUUACAACUCAACAAGGUAACGAGGGUCAAGGAUUGGCAAGUAAAUAUAAUCUGCACGUCUGUGUGUCUGUGUGUGUGUGUGUCUGUCUGUCUGUGUGUGUGUGUUGUGUCUGUCUGUCUGUGUGUGUGUGUGUGUGUGUGUGUGUGUGUGUGUGUGUGUCUGUGUGUCUGUGUGUCUGUAUGUUUUGUGUACUUGUGAUGUGAUGUUAGCUAUUUGUGCAUUUUAAAGCUUGAAACAUUGAAUAUGUGUGAUGAACUGUAAUGUGUACUUGGAUUAAUUUAAAGUUGGAAAAUACUUCAAUUCAAUAAUUGAUCUGCUUCUCUGAAAAGAACAACGGUUGUUUUAACGUGCGUUUUGUAUCUUGUCUGUUAAUACAUGUGGAGUUUAAGCAGCACUGAAACACGAGUUUACGCUCAAAUGAUUUGUUUUCAUUUUAUAUGAUAUCUGUGUGUAUACUGAGACGAAUCUAAAAUUUGCUUUGUCGAAACUAAAAGUACGUUUUCAGGUGUGAAACUUUUAACCAGAGGAGCGGAUUCUAUUUUCUACCUCCAUCACACUCACAUCUCAUCUCAGUAGAUAUUUAUUCAUAAGCUGUUGGAUCUUUUUGUGAGUAAAAUAAUGAAGUUUGACAUUAUAUUGUUUGAAUCUGUUGCUCAGCCAUGUGUGUGUGCGUGUGUGUGUGUGUGUGUGUGUGUGUGUGUGUGUGUGUGUCUGUGCGUGUGUGUGUGUGUGUGUGUGUGUCUGUGUGUGUGUGUGUGUGUGUGAUCACAAGAGACAGGCUUCCAGAAAAAGAGGGACAGAGAUAAGAAAAAGAUAGAAGGUUAAAAUUGGCUUAGUACCAUUCACAGCUUGCUUUCCAACAAACAGCCCGGGGACAUCUGGAGUUAUUAGACUGGAAGCUAGGCUAAUCUUUCCUUUAAAAAGUGUCAACUACUGCAUUGCAAAUUUUUCAUUUUAUCAUUUGCACUCACUGACAAUGCAUAAUGGAAAUGACCAUGAGGACACAUUUUCAUAGGCAUAUAAGAAAUGACCAUAUUCUUUUCAAACAGAUGUAUCAUAUCAACAUAUGAAUGCAGAAUAUGUAGGCCGUGCGGAAACAUGUUGGUAUCGACAGUGUUUGCAGUACGAGUAGUAUCGACUAAUCACGUUUGAGCAGGCUUUGGUUGAAUGCAGGUAAACAGACCGUGUAGAGAGCAAAAACAGCUGGAACGUAUUGGCUGACAUGCUAACGUCUCACAGCAAUUUAUCUUUUUAUUAGUUUAACAUUAGCUUUUAAACUUGUGAAAUAAUCCUUUUGUAGACGUCGUGUCUCAACUCCAACCCCAUUCUCAAGUUGCUAAUCGGACUAUAAAUAAAGAGCGGCGCACUGAAGAGGAAGUCUUGGCCUGGAUAUCCGCUGCCUAAACCAAAACCCAAGAAUAUUGCCUCUUGCCCCCAGAGGCUUAUCGUCGUUAGACCAAUAGCUGAUGUAUUCCGAGAUUCAAAAUGACCAUAACUCCGGCAAUUUUGGAAAAAGAUUCCUCAAAAGGAUCUUUGUCAACAAAACAUUAAGAUCAGGAAAUGUUCUCUUCAACUAUAAACUUUUUAAUUAAGCUUGUGGGACAGAGGCCUUUUGUGCUUAUAAAGUGUUAGUGUGUGUGUGUGUGUGUGUGUGUGUGUGUGUGUGUGUGUGUGUGUGUGUGUGUGUGUGUGUGUGUGUGUGUGUGUGUGUGUGUGGCGUAACACACAGUGACAGGUGCAGGCAGUCGCAGCAGCCACAGUAUCAGCUGCUGCAGAGGAAAUGCAAUCAGCUAUACUGCCUCAAUACAUGCAGACACACAUCGCUUUACAGUUCGAUAGGAAGGUAGGAGGUGUGUGUGUGUGUGUGUGUGUGUGUGUGUGUGUGUGUGUGUGUGUGUGUGUGUGUGUGUGUGUGUGUGUGUGUGGGUGUGGGUAUGUGACCUGUUUCAAUGAAACAUGUUUACAAUUUAAUAAAAGUUAAACGUAGUUCCAAAAUAAUACCAGUGUACCAGUAAAUGUACUUAACAUGCAUGUCUUUUGUUGUGCGUCCUGUUUGUCAGCUGUAGCUAUUUGUGUCUUGUCUUUUUUUGUGAUUGUUUUUAUUAUUAAAACCUGCAAAUGUAUUGUCUUCUG